UCAUACGGGGUGCAUCUUUCGCGCGAAAGCACGAUUGUUUUUCUUUCGCAGCGAUCGCGUUUUGCACAACUUUCAAAGCAUGAUCUCUGUCUCUUGAUGUGUGCUGAGCCUUGAAAAGCUGUGCAAAGAGCGAUCCAACGGCUGGCGUCGCGAAAAAAGAUCGAUCAUUCUUUCGCGCGAAAUAUACCACCCCCUCUGUCUCUGUGUCAGUCUCUCGCCGUCGCGCCCCCCACCCCCCAACCCUUUUCUUUCCCUUGUCGACGAAGAGAAUAUUAGUCUCCCCGGCGUGAACGGAACUGCCGGUAACUCGAAUCCUAUUCUUCUCUCGGUAGGGUUUCAAGAAAGAUUGCUAGCGUUUGCCCGAUCUUUGGAAAUUUUUUCUUCGUUUGUCUUCGCUCAAUCGAUCGCUCUGAUCUCGGUGGAGAGGGAUUCGCCUCGGAGAACGCUAAUCUUGGAGGGUCUUUCACUUCUUUAGGGUCGGGAGAAAGGGUGGAGGAGCGAGAGAGGGAUCGACACGAUGAGGACGAUGGAGACAUUGCAAGAUCUGAUCGAGGAGGCCAAGGUUCGAACCGUCUGCUGGGCCAUCUGCGUCUUUGCGAUCACCUACUUCUUGUCGCUCUGCAAACCAGAUGUUGGUGCUAGGAAUCAAGCUUGCAGACUCUACAGGAGACAUUAUCAACUUCACUAGAGAUACAAGUAAAUCAAUGUGGACAAAUAUCCCAAUAUCAAUUCUUAUACUUUCAGUCUUCCGCUUUCUAUCUUAUGAGGUGGUGAUCCACUGGAGGGUGCAUCCUGUCCGUAAGCAGACAUAUCUAUCUCAUUUGGAAAAGAAGCAGUUACCUCUAGAUGAUUUUCAUCUUUCUACUGUGCCACCUUCUACAAAAUGGAGGAGGAAAAUUGAUUCGCCCAUUGUGGAGGCUGCCAUUGAGGAAUUCAUUAACAAGAUCUUGCAGGAUUUUGUUGUAGAUCUUUGGUAUUCAUCUCUUACUCCUGACAAGGAGGCGCCGGAACUAAUACGCACUAUCAUACUAGAUGCACUUGUUGAAAUAUCUGGAAGAGUUAAACAGAUCAACCUUGUUGACUUGUUAACAAGGGACAUGGUUGACUUGAUUGGAAACCACAUAGACCUAUACAGAAAAUAUCAAUCAGAGAUUGGCAUAGAUGUUAUCGGAACUCUUUCUUUUGAGGAAAGGGAUGAAAGGUUAAAACAGCAUCUAAUAGCUUCCCAGAAACUUCAUCCUGCUCUGCUUUCUCUGGAGUGUGAACAUAAGGUUCUUCAACGUAUUGUUGGAGGAGUUCUGGCAAUAGUCUUGAGGCCACAGGAAGCUCAAUGCCCAUUUGUUCGCUGUUUCAGUAGAGAGCUGUUGGCCUGCUUGGUUUUGCAACCUGUCAUGAACUUUGCCAGCCCUGCGUAUAUCAAUGAGUUGAUUGAGUAUAUAUUCCUCUCCAAUCAAGAUAACAGAAAUGGAGAGGUGGACUCUGAUAGGUCAACAAAUGAAGCUAUUCUUGUGCAUGAUCAUAAAGUUUCUGGAGGAAAUACUCCGACUGCUCAGCCUGAGUUGAGAACUACAGCUUCUAAUCAUCCUGGUGAUUUGAUAAUGGUUAAAAGCGGUGGGGAAAAAUUGCUUGCUUGUUCUGAGCAUGUUCCUCUGAAAACAUUACAGGAAAAUACUGGGCAUCAUAUACCACCUAGGGCAGCAGAAUGGGCAGGGAUACUGGAUGCUGCUACAAAAAGAAGAUCUGAGGUCCUUGCCCCUGACAAUCUUGAAAACUUGUGGACAAAAGGAAGAAACUACAAAAAGAAGAUGGUCAAUCUUAUGAAGGCAGGAACUUUGUUGGGUUCCAUGAACAGUGCACCAAGAAAUAUACGUAGUAUAUCUCAUGCAGAAAACAUGAGGAAGGGAUUGUUGGCCAAUAUGAAUGAAAGUAUUAUAAAUAUAGAUGAUAAAUAUAUGGUUCACCUAAUGCAGGGGCCCAUUAAUAAUAGCCAAUCAAGUGUAGCAACAAAGGAUGAGCGACAUGUUUCCCAAGAGCUGGUUAGUGUGCAAUCUAAAGAAAGGGGUCAUUUUGGUGAUGGAAGUGAUGAAAAUGCCAGGAAAACUGUUAAAAUUGACAAAGGUCAGCUAAAGCGAUCUAGUAGCAUGCCUGUUAUUGAAACAGCAUUCAUGGGCAGAAUUGGUGAAACUACUGGUUUCAAGGAGAACUAUAUUCUAAACUUUAGCAAGCAUAAGGAAGAGCUAAGCUCUGCAGUGGUCUCCAAGAAUGACGGAUCCUUCUAUGUUCCAAAGAUCAGCUGCCGGGUUGUUGGAGCAUAUUUUGAAAAGCUUGGAUCUAAAUCUUUUGCAGUUUAUUUAAUUGCUGUAACAGAUGCAGAGAACAGGACCUGGUUUGUGAAAAGAAGAUACCGAAAUUUUGAGCGGUUGCACCGGCAUCUAAAAGAUAUACCUAAUUAUACAUUACAUUUGCCCCCAAAGAGGUUUCUUUCAUCCAGUAUUGAUGAUAAUUUUGUGCACCAGCGGUGCAUUCUUCUUGACAAAUAUUUGCAAGAUCUUCUAUCAAUUGCCAAUGUUGCAGAGCAACAUGAAGUUUGGGACUUUUUAAGUGCUUCUUCAAAGAAUUAUUCUUUUGGAAAGUCAACCUCAGUGAUGAAAACAUUAGCAGUGAAUGUGGAUGAUGCUGUGGAUGAUAUAGUUCGUCAAUUUAGAGGGGUUUCAGAUGGUCUACGGCGUGUUGUUGGCUCAUCAUCAUCUCAUGCAAUUUCUCCCUUAAGAGCUGAAAAGAGCAUGGCAUUAACAUGGAAUGAAGAAGAGAUAAAUAAGCUCAGUCCAAGCUAUAGUAAUAUGGACACUUCCCAUAGUUUGUCUGAUGAUGAAGCCCAUGAUGAAGAGCAAUCUUCUGCAGUAAAUAAUGGAUGGCACUCAGAUAAUGAAUUAAACUCCAAAGGUUUUCCACCUCGUGUUGUCAAGUGCACUGAAGAAUCUUCAAAUUUGGAUUCUCAAAGAAGCCAACAGUCAAAUAAAUUUGACAGACUUGCUUUAAAUGACUCAAAAACUUCAGUAGCAUCUGAUAUUUUGGAGGAUCCGCUUGCAAUGCCACCCGAGUGGAGACCACCAAAUGUUAGUGUGCCUCUGUUGAAUCUAGUUGAUAAGAUAUUCCAACUGAAACAGAGAGGUUGGCUGAGAAGACAGGUCUUUUGGUUUUCAAAACUGAUUUUGCAGUUAAUGAUGGAAGAUGCAAUUGAUGAUUGGAUCAUAAGGCAAAUUUCUUGGCUUCGGAGGGAUGAUGUUGUUGCAAAAGGAAUUCAUUGGCUCCAGGAUGUUCUCUGGCCUAAUGGUACAUUUUUUAUAAAGUUGGAGAGCAGUCAAGGGAAUAUGGAAGACAGUCGUUUUAGUCAGAAACCAACUCAAAGUACCAGUCGGAUAUAUGGUGAUGAGGUGACCAGAUCGAGCUCUUUCGAGCUGCAGCUUGAAGCAGCUCGUAGAGCAAGUGAUGUUAAGAAAAUGAUACUUGGUGGAGCUCCAUCUGCAUUAGUCAGCUUAAUCGGGCAUAGUCAAUACAGGCGUUGUGCGGAGGAUAUUUAUUACUUUAUCCAGUCUACCAUCUGUGUUAAGCAGCUUGCAUAUAGUGUGUUGGAACUGGUGCUUGUUUCAGUAUUCCCGGAAUUACGUGAUCUAAUACUAGAUGUACAUCAGGAGGCCUGAAAUCAGCCAGUGUGAGGAAAAUAUCAAAGUGAGUCGGGUUUGUAUAUUCUUUCAGCAUAUGACAUCUUCUGCACUUUUUUCCAGCUGUCACGAGCUUCAACCAUUUAAGACCUUCAAAGUCAAUCAGUAGCAUUUUCGAGCUUUCCCUUCUGGUAGACAUUUUUGACUGGUCAGCAUUCUGUUGGAGUUGAACUAAGAAAUCUUGGAUUUGGAAGUAGUUUUGUAUAUUCCAUUCAAAAUGUACUGUUGUACACAUUGAAAGCAUGUAUAUAUAUUAGCUGAGUUUAACCAAAUGAAUGAAAGUAGUUAUACGAGAUAUUUACCAAAUGAAUGAAAAUAGUUACACGAGAUAUCUACAUAA